UUUCAAUGUAUUUAAGCAUCAGCAAGAUACAUGGUAUAUAAAGGCUCUUCAUUCUGUGUAAGAGCACAACUUGCAUGAACAGAUCAACCAUCACUGAAAAUGGGAAAGAUUGUUUUCUACGAGGAUCGUAACUUCCAGGGCCGCUCUCAUGAGUGCAACUCUGAGUGUCCAGAUAUGUCCUCAUAUUUUCAUCGCUGUAAUUCUGUCCGAGUGGAAAGUGGAAACUGGAUCCUGUAUGAGCACCCCAACUAUAGAGGACACCAGUAUUACCUUAGUAGAGGAGAAUAUCCUAAUUUCCAGCAGUGGAUGGGUUUCAAUGACUCCAUCAGAUCUUGUCGUGUUAGCCCACAGCACCAUGGAUCAUUCAGAGUGAAGGUCUAUGAGAGGGAAGAUUUUCGAGGUCAGAUGAUGGAGUUUACUGAAGAUUGUCCUAAUGUCAAUGAGAGAUUCCGUUACCAUGACAUCCACUCCUGCCAGGUGAUUGAUGGCUACUGGAUGUUCUAUGAGGAACCAAAUUACAGGGGCCGCCAGUAUUAUCUUAGACCUGGAGAGUACAGAAAAUAUACUGACUGGGGUGCCAUAAGCCCAAGAAUUGGCUCAUUCAGGAGACUUCACUUUUUGUAAUAAGUUGUAUUAAUUACUAAAUCCGCAUGUCAUUAAGAAUAUAAUAAAAGCUUUAAAUAAUUA